AUGGCGACAAACAUUCAUGCAGUUUUGUCGACGGUUCUGAUCGUCAGCUACGUGUGCGGUUUGAGGAUUGCUGAGUUUCCAGUGAGGCAUUCAGUAAGAUGGCUCAGUCUUUCAUACAUAGGAUUAAAGUUCGAUCAAGUCAACGAACAACUCCGCAAACUGGCCGAUGACGAAUCCAUCGACCAUGACAAGUGCAAAACAAAGCUGGCUUGGGAGAGUUCUGUUUUGCACACGCAACGACACAAUUUCCCGAACUCCCUAGACAGCGAGUCUAUCACGUGGAUCGUAAUACAUCUGCAUCUAGAGUUACGCAAAACAUCACGCGAGAUAAACUCGAUGUACGGAAUAGAGACGACGGUCAAGAUGACGUGUUACAUCGUUUUUAUAAUACAGAUCUGUCAGGAAAUUUUCGAUAUAAUAAUCAACCAUGAAAUCAACGGGUUUCAAACUAAUAUCGGCCUUGUUCUAUGCAUAUCCUGGGUCCUUUCGUACUUCUCCAAACUCUUCCUGAUCAAUUACACGUACGAGAGUGUCAGCGCUAAGGUAUCGACUCUAUUAACAAUUUGCAAAAGUUCAUCGGAUCGAAUAUAGAUUCAUUGGCUCACAUGCUGGUUGCUCAUUUUACAAACUUAGAACCAAAUGAUUAUAUAAAAAGUGGCAAAAAAUGGUGACAGAUAUUUCGAGUGAA